UUCGGCAUCAACAGGAAGUGUCAUUACACUCCGCAACCGCCAGUAACUGGUUGAAAACUCGUUCAUGAAGCGUCUGCGGUGACAUUUUUCCAUGUUGUUUUUAAUCGAUUUAUCAACAAACAAUGUUUUUUUUGCCAUAGUGAUGUGAACGUGCCGCAAGGGGAUUUUGUCGCGAUCGCGUGUACGUUCGUUUGUUGCGUGACGUCACGCGGCGUCUUCCGGGACCUGCUCGGCAGCCAUUACUGUUGGCGGUUUGUUUUGUUUUUCGUCCUCAGGUGGUUCUGUUGUUGUUUUGGUUUAACGUUCGUCAUGGGCGGGAGAUACUGCUGCGUACAGAGCUGCCGCCGCAGGUCACAUGAUCACCGUGGGUGGAAAAUCCCCAACGAACUCACGUUCCACUGUUUCCCCGCGUGGAGGAUGAACGAGGGCGCGGGGAUCUCGGAGCUGACGCGGCGGAGGAGGGCGGCGUGGGUGGCCGCCGUCCGCCACAGCAACAUCACCUUUGACCACAUCCCGUCCUCCAUGAGAGUGUGUUCCAGACACUUCCUGUCCGGUAAACCUGCGUACGAAAUGCUGGAGUCUGAUCCAGACUGGGUUCCGUCGCUGCACCUGGGUCAUGGCGUCAGACGCAGCAAGGCAGCGUCACCGGCGGCGACAGACCGGAACACAAGAUGGCCGACAGACACCAGACACAAGGAAGUGGACGUGGGAAAAGAUGAUGUCGUCUCGUUGGGCCGUGAUCUUCAGCUCCAGGAGCCAGACGUGGUGACUUGUGUACCUGGCACGCAAAUCAGAAGUGGUGAAAAAUGUUCCAUACGACAUAAGGGAACUGAGCGUCAGGCUGGACGUGAGGCUGGACGUGAGGCUGGACGUGAGGCUGGACGUGAGGCUGGACGUCAGGCUGGACGUCAGGCUGGACGUCAGGCUGGACGUGAGGCUUGUCAGGUCCUCCCUCCCUGGAGAGAAGCCAGAGCUCUGCUGUCGGCCCUGCCGGGUAAAACCACCGUCAGUGACCAGGAUCGAUGUCCGACUGAGGCGAGGACGCGCAUUGACUUCAUGGACUUCUUCAGGGACACUUUGGAGGCUUCUCUGGAGGCCAGCAGCAGGUCCACAGCCCUGUCACAGAGACAGAGACGGACGUGUGGCUGUUCCUCGCCCCCGUGUGUCAACUAUGUCAAAAUGCAGAAGAGGAUCGAGGAGCUGGAGGAGCAGCUGUUGUAUCUGACAGGACGAGAGCAGGACGCACUGACCUCACCCGUCCCCAACGUGGCUGCUGUCAAACCCAACCAGGACCUGCGGCUGCCCGGCCCCGCCCCCAAAGAAGAAGAAGAGGAGGAAUCUGAGUGGAUGAAGCCGCUGUCUCCUUCUCAGGACGACCUCCACGACAACGAUGAAGACGCAGACCUGGCGAAGGAUAUCUCCUCGCCGCAGCCGGUGCGGUUUCACGCGCCCCCGUCCGAGCCCAGACGUCCGCAUCGUCGCUUCAUCAAGUCCUGGCUCUGCAUGUUCCCGUUCCUCCGCUACUCGCCGACCCGCGACCUGAUGUGGUGCCACGUGUGUCGCCUCUACGCCGACAAACAGUUCCAGAAACUGGGUCUGAUCAAAGGCUCCCGGGUGUUUAAGAUGCAAAAUAUCAGGAAACACAGCGAGAGCAGGUACCACAACGACUCUCUGCACAUUUACGAGCUGCACACGCGAGGCGGCGCCGCUACGUCUGUCGUGGGUUUUUAGCCUGGAGAUCCAGCAGCAUGGAGAGGGGGCAGGACUGCAAGUGGGUGUGGCUACAUGCAAGGGGCGUGGCUUUACAUUGUCCAAAUCGCACAGAAACCACACGCGAGGUCAACAAAAUAAAAUAAUAAAAGCAGAUGGGUAUCUCGUCUGAAUAACAUCUGGAUAUUUUUAGUCUUUAUCCUGAUAUGUGAGAUAUAUGUGGAUAUGAAGCUGCACACGCUCUGUUUCUCUGGACUCAUGAAGAGAUUUCUACACUAAAAAAUAAAAUAUAACCAAGAACCUUGAAAGGUUUUGAAAUUCACCUGAAUUAGACAUUGAUCAUUGCUGGACUUUGCUAUGUGACAUAUCUUAUUAUGACUCUCAAUCAUGUUAUUUUCCUCAGCCAAAUAAACUGGUUCUUACUGUA